AUGUCACCAGGAGUGCAGGAGGCGCAGUUACGUUAUCACCACCCGUCUUCUACCUUCUGCCGCAGCUUUCUUUGUGGGCCCCCAAACUCUCACAUCCCUCACCUCCUGUGCCAAGGCCGGCAGGCUCGUCGUCCCCACUCGAUGUUUCCCAGCCUCUGCCCCACGCAGGCCCUUGGGGGACAGCAAACUGCUACUUCUGCCUCACCGAGACUGACCCAAGGAAGAGCUGCAAAAUAUCUGGAGUGCAGCACCCACCCAGCAGAGGCUGGCUCUGACUGUGCUGUGGGAAAUGAGCUGCACAGCACAGUCACACUGCACCAGGCAAAUGCUAAUGCCUCACUGGCCAUCCAGGGCGGCUCCUUGACAGAUGCUGGCGGCAUCAGGCACCCUGCAGCUCAGGCACAGACAGUCCUGGCCGUGCUGAGAGUCUCUGUCAUGGUUGCUGUAUGUGGGCGUGGUGCAUUCACAGUUUUCCAGAGGAGGUGCUGCUGUUGGAACUGUGCUGAACGUGUGGAGGCAAUGAAGCCACGUCCUGGUGUCACAGUACCUAAAUUCUACAUUGCUAAAUUCUCUGAGACACAUAGGCAGAAGAUUAAUUCCUCACUUGAAUUCCUUGUGGAUAAUCCCACUCCCAUGCCAUUUUGUGAUCUUGCCAAUAUCAACAAUCCUGGUACUUUUAAGAAAGUAAAUAAUUCUUUAAUAAAAACAUUACUGAUUUGCUAAGAUAAAAAUUCCACAUGGAAGAGAGACAUGGAAGACAGGUUUAUUGUGCUGGACAACCAUGAAAGUAGGUCAGAUACAUGCUUUCUGGAGAUUCUUGAUGGCUGUCACAGUGUCACAGCUACUGAAACAAAGCUUCCACUUUUAUUGUUUAAACAGCUUUCUCACACAGAUUCCUUCCACAAAAGUAAAAAUGACAAAGAGCAAAUUCUAUAUUUUUUUGCCAGACUAAUCAAGGCUGAUUACUGGGAAAAAGAGAAACCAGGCAAUGAGGAGACCAACAAGACCACUAUUAUGAAAGUGUAUGCUCAGUCCUUUUGGAGAAUGCAGAUUUUUCAGCUGAUAAGGAAUGUAAGGAAUGAGGUUUCCAAAGUUCACUGGAAUGGAAGGUGUUGCUGGGCUAAUGCACGUUGCUAUUAUAGGUAAGUAUAUUCCACACCAGGAUUUUUUUCUCUUAAUCCAAUUAAGUUAAAAAAAAAAAAAACCAAUCACAAAAGUAAGCAUAAAUUAAUCUAUAGAUUUGUUGGCAGUUGGUAUCUAGAGAUAAAAAGCAGCAAUUCCUUUAGCUUGACAAUGUGAAGGAGACAUGAUAAAUUCCCUCACAACUGAAACUGCUAUUGGACAAUUCAAACCAUGACAAGUAUUCAGCUUAUUAGAUAAGCAGCCUGAGCACAAUAUUU